AUGAGUGCUAUGUCCCAAACAAGAGUCGCUGACGCCAUUGCUCGGGAGGCGUAUCCAACACCGUUGAGCGCCGCCGAUGAUGGUCUCUAUCAUCCUGCACCAUAUUCGCAUGGAUCGGAUACUGUUUAUCAGGGUGCGCAGGCCAAUGGACCCCCUACCACAUUACAGGUAGCGGCUUUGGUUGCAAACGCAAUUGUGACAAGAAUACCACAGUCACCGGUGUGGGAUACAACUAGGCUCGCUGAGACUAGACAUCCGGUCUCUACGGAGACGCUAGCCAUGGCGACAGAUAUUUUUCAGACUUCGUCAAUUGCUCUACCAAGUAGAACCCAAUCAGCAACCACCUCCGACUUUCCAGUCACGUCUACAAGAUCAGUGGCAAAUAAUCUACUGCAGCGGAAAGAACCAGCACCCAAGGAAUUUCGCAUUUACCAUUUAGUGAUUAUUAUUCUUGUUGCGUCUCUCAUAAUACUUAUGAUUGUGGGUUGGUUCAAGCGACAGGCCGAGCGAAAGAAACCUAUACUUGCAACAUACCAGCAGCCGACCGGUCACCCGACCGUCCGGAAGGAACGCUUUGCGGCAGCCCUCUCUCAAUCCAAAGGUCUCGUGACGGGUUUCCUGGCUAUGAGCGCUAAAGCGAUUAGUGUAAUCCUAGCUUCCUUUUCCUCGGCGAAAUCCAAAGCUGAAAUGUGUCUUCAGGAUGGUGCUACAACGGUUCAGACAAGCAGCCCGUUGGUGAAGAGGGCUCUUGAACAAAAGAUCCGGAUUUUUCUGUUUGUGGUCAUGAAGACUUCCAACUUUCGACGCUGGAUUUCCGAUCCGCUGGGGCGGCAAAGAGUUGAUGAUAAUGCCUUCUUUGAGAAGGACAAGGACAUCACAUCAAGGUCAUCAUCCCUUGACGAGGAAUCCAGAGGCUCAACACAUGAUAUCGCCGACGAACAGACUCAUUUGGAUACAAGCUACACAGUCGCCAGCAAAAUUAGGCUACCACCGCCAGCAAUAAUAGUCAAGCGAACCCGCCGCAAUAACGAAAAUGGGUUGAAAGACAACGUACCUCACGGGUCAGUCUCAUCGGAUACAGUCUGCUUAGAGGAUGUCUGUACAGCAAGCGAGUGUUCAGAUACGUUAAGAGGAUCAGAGACCAAAUCCCUGCAAACGAUCGACGAGUGUCAUGGGAGCGGCCAGUCGCCGAGUGUGGGACUACUAAGGUUGAACGUAUACCGUAUCGAGAUAGAGUUCAUCCCACGCCGAGACACCCAGCUAGGGGUGAAGCAGGGGGAUAAGGUUGUCAUGACUCGUGUUUUUGACGACGGUUGGGUAGGUUGGCAGUCGAGCUCGUAUUUGAACAAGGAUCAAGCUGAUCGCCCUCUGCAGGCAUUUUGCGAACUUUUACGCACAAAGAAACAGGGGCUUGUGCCCCGUGCGUGUCUCUCCGUGUGGCCCUCUCGGCGCAACAAUACCCCACCUAGCGUGACAAGUGUGCAGCUAGUCCCUCCAACGGCAAAUAGUCACACAAAUUCGCGACCUACUACACCUGUCUCGCCUAUCUCGCCGAUUUUACCUAGUUCCCCAGUGUUCCCUCGAUUUUACAGCUCGGGCUCCUCGACUGAAAGUCUGUCUUAG